AUGUUGAUAACUGUGGUUGAAAUAAAAAAGAAAUGGUUAUCUCAAGGCAAGCAAACUACUUUAAAAGAACUGACAUUUGUUGAAAUGAACAAAUCAAAACAAUGGGCCGCCAUCUUGGAAAAAUGUAUUCCCGGUCAGCGGCUUUCCUCACGAGUUGUAAACUUCACGUGUUCGUCAAUAUAUAUAGGAAAACAGAAAUGUAGUUUACAAAGAAAGAAAAACAUGCUACCAGGAACACCAAAGGUUGUUAAAUGUUCAGUUGGGCAAAGGCUUGAAACUGAUUGUGGUCUUUGCUCGAGAUACCCUUCUAUGAAGGAGUGUAUGCCAAUAUUAGCAUGUAAAAGGGAUAUACAAGUGCAUCUCCGGCGUUUAAACUUAUCUAGACAAGCAGCAGCAUCAGAAGGCGAUCUUAUUCUAUUAAGAUCGGGCAUAUUUGGUAGCAACGGGGAGGGGUUAACAGUAUGUCCACGACACAGAGAGAAUCUUGGUCUUUCCUGGCGCCCAAAACGUGGGUGCGCACACCCUCUUCACGGAUCCUCGCAGGCAAAACCAGAGAGGGGUGUUACAAAGAAAAUGUCAAUGGAAAUUAAUGACAUUUGGGAAAGGUUUGUUUCAGUUGGUUCUGGUAAGUGAUCUUUUCAAUUUGUCGUAAAUUAAUAUAAAUUAUAAUUAUAAUUUUUGCAGCAUAUAAUUGCACGGGUAAAAUGAAUUCAAAGAAUUGUUGAUAGUUCUCACUAAGUCUAGGAUGGUGCAGCUUGAACGCCAUAACUCAUAAGGAAGUGAGAGCAUCCAACCUGGUUGUAAUUACAUGAUUGUUAGGACAUGCGAAGUACGAAAAAAAAGAUAGAUUAAAGAAAAAUAUAAAUAGUCUUUAUUUCGGUUACGCUCACAGCAGUCCUUGGGAUUGGCGCUCUAGUGGUAGAGAUUCCAACUACUGCGUGCCGUAUGCUCUGGAGUCUGGUUCGAUACGUGGUAAAAACGUUUUAUUCGCUUUUUUGUAAUUUUUACUAAAGUCUAAAACAACAUACAUAAUUAUCUCCCUGUGAACUUCCAGUAGUUUACCAAUAGCAACAAGUGCUCGACAUCUAACUUACAAACACCAGCACUCUUACUAAGGCGUAAAAAAAUACCUGUGGUUCCGGUUUCAUGUCGCAAAAAAAUUAGGGUCGGUAGGUCGGAAAUAAUUUUUUUUUAAAUAUUUUUUUCAUGGUUUUUUCAAUAAUUAGUGUGACAACAGACGCCAUUUUGGCAGCAACCCGCAACCACCCGGAGAAAAUAGGGUUGCACGGUCAAUCGAGUUGAAAAAAUAAUAGGGUCGGCAGAAAAAAAUAGGGUCGGUCGGGAACCGGAACCACAGAUAUUUUUUUUACGUCUAACUGAUAUUUUGUGGUCUAAAGGAUAUAUUUUCAACAGUUUAGGAAUAUAGGUUUUAUAAUGAUAUUCGUAAUUAAAUAAUUUUGAUUAAUAAUAAACACCAUAAGAUUUUAUGCAUUCACAUAAUAGGUAUAUGCAGACUAUGCAGAGAAAAGCAUAAAGAAGAAGUUAAUAAGAAGGUCGAAGGAUCAACACUGGAUACAGACGAGGAGGUAACGUGUUUCGAAUAAACAAAUACAGCAGUUUUUUACUUUUACAAAGUAACAUUCAUAUUCAAGACUGGACCUGGGUCCAUAGGCAUAGACGGAUUUUCAGGGGGGAGGGAGUAAGUGAUGAUGCGCCACCAAGCAAGCUGCAGUAGGCAUCUGCGACCACAAUCACUAGCAAAUUCAAGCUUAACAAAGCGUUACCAAUAGUUUUACUAUUAAAAGGAAACGAACUUGUGGUUAUUUUCAUAUUCAGACAUUUAAAGAAGAAAAAUGUGAAGAAUCUUAUUCAGCAAACACAAUGACUAUGGAUGUGGAAAACUGCAAAAAGGUUCAUUGAUAUAUUUAGAAAUUUAUUAGUGAAUUAUGAUCGAUCAAAAGAACAGUUGGUUUAUCCAUUAACCCAUUUGCAUGCUCUGACGGCUCUGUAUACAGUAUAUGAAUAUAUCAAAGAUACAUAAACAAUUUCGGAAUCAAUGUCGUUUUAAGUUUCAAUUUGGUAUCUUUUGUCAGCGUUCUUCCGCAAGUGCAACAACGACAACAAUUGUGAACACAUGUAAAGUCCAUUUUGAAGAAAGUUUUCAGUCUAACGAUGACUCAGUUAUCAGCCUUGACAGUGGACCAGAAUAUUUCCCUACACCUCAAAAAGGUCACCAACUUGUUUCUAUAAACAACUUGAUCAGAAGCGUUCAUGGACGAGAUGUGAGUCCUAUCAGAGCACAACUCCGUUCCCCAAUUAGAGACGUCUCGCAAAGUACCGCUCGAUACUACAAAAGGAAAUCAUUACAAACUUGUAUUGCUACCUUAGAAUGCAUCGCACCGGGUCAGUCUAAUGAACUCUUUGAGAUAAUUUCCAGCGACAAAUUUGAACGAAAUACAGUUGCUCCCGAGAAUGAAGUUGUCCAGAAGCUUGUAACCUUGUACCAAGACACAAGUUCGAGGACCACUCGUUUGGAAAUCCUCUCAAUAUUUUCCCAAGAUUACUCAAAAUCACAACUCAAGCAAAUGAUGCCAGGAAUAACUACGUGGCGAAUAGACGAAGCCAGAAAACAUGCAGCACUUUAUGGAGCAGGAACGGCGAAAGAGAUACCUAAAACACAUCGAACACGUUUGAAUCCAGCAAAAGUUGAUCAUUUUAUUGAUUUCAUCUCUCAACCACAUUUUCUACAAGAUGUUGCAUUCGGCACUAGGACUCUAAAACUCUCGAAUGGAACAACAAUGGAAAUUCCAAACGUCGUAAGAACAGUUACAUCUUCGAGAUUAGUAGACCUUUAUAUUGCAACUUGCAAGGAAAACGAUUUUGAAUACUUAGGGAGGUCAACUUUAUUCAGUAUUUUAAAGGUAUUUACACAAAAAUAUUGUUCAUCUUUCUUUUUUCUCUCGCCUUCUUUUGUUUUUCUGUGAAUAUUAUUUGAAAAAAAUUUUCUUUCUCUUUAAAAGGCCUGUGCUGCAUCAAAGCAGAAAUGUCUUUCUGGACUUGACAGCAUUACAACUGAAGGAAGCUCUGCAAUUGAAUCAUUAAAAGAAAUCGUCAUUACGCUGGGAAAACACGGUAAAUGAAAACUACUUUAAAGUGAUUUGAUUGAGACGAAAUUAAAAAGACAUAAUGAGAGAAGGGGAGCGGGACAAAAAGAGAGAAAACUCAAAAUACUCCAAUACACAAAAAAGCGCAUAAAAAAUUAACAAACAAGCAAUAGACAGAAAGUUAGAUACACAAACAAGAAGGAUCAAAGAAAGAAACCAAUAUACAAUAAUGAAGAAAUUUUUUUUUUGGGGGGGGGGUGAUCAAAAGAAAGAAGUAGGAAAACAGAGGUAGAUGCAGAAGAGAUUUAAGACUUGAAACAUCAGCAAAUUCUAUUUCUUUAUCUAAGGUAUGACAGCGUCGUGGGUUAAAGAAACUCAAGAAAGCCUGUGUCAAAUCAGGCACUACCUGAAGUCAGAUUUCAAGAUACAUAUCAGUCUUGAAAACCAAUGUGCAGAUCAUUGUCGCACAUAUGCUCUAUCGGAUUCUACGUUGGAAUACAAGAAGAAAUGCUUUCACAAGCACAACAUGACAUGUGAUCGCUGUGACAUGUCAAAAGACACAUUGUCUGCUAUAAGAACUGCUGUAUCAUCAAAGAGUGUAACAAUGAGGUUAGUAUCCUUUUACGUGAACAUUUUUCACUGGCGAAAUAGUUUAAAGCAUGGGGUUGUAAAUUAUUAUUUGCAUGUUUUUACAAUUAUCAUGGUUAGUUGAUUGUUUGAGUACGGAUUUGUCUUUAAAGUGAAGAAACCAAAGAGGAGACAGUGCAUGACUUAGAUGCCGCAGUCCAAAAGAUUCAGUUUUGGAAAGAACACAUAUUGCGAACUGUACACCAGGAUACAGCAAAGAACAUUAUUCUUGAAGAAAUGAAGCCCAAUCAAGUGCUAAUUAUUAUGGACUGGGCAAUGAAAUUUUUGCCUGUAAGUUAUAGAGAAACACAGUCCGAAUGGUUUGGGAAGAAAGGUCGUCCAUGGCAUGUUUGUGCCGCAAUAUUCAAGAAACCAGAUGAAGAUUUUGAGGUAUAAGUAUGUCCUGUUUUUGUGUUUUCAAUUUGCACAGAGCUUAGUUGGCAACAGAGUUUCAUCAGUUUGACACACGAGAAAAUUUGAGUUUAAAUAUUUUUUCUUUGCAAGAAUAGGUCAAAACAUUUUUCCAUUUGUUCGACAAUUGCACGCAAGAUUGGUUCUCAGUGGCAUCGAUUAUCGAAGAUGUCUUGUCAAAUUUAAAAGAAAGCUAUCCCGAAAUCUCCGAAGCGUUUCUUAGAUCCGAUAAUGCAGGAUGUUAUCACUGUGCUCCGUUAAUGCUUUCUAUUCCGGGGAUUUCCAAACGAACUGGGAUUGAAAUUAGGCGGUACGACUUCAGUGAUGCACAAUCUGGAAAAGAUAUCUGUGACAGACGAAUAGCAUGCGCGAAAAGCCACAUACGCCGUUUUUUAAAUGAAGGGAACAACAUCAACACUGCAUCUGAUAUGAAGAAAGCUCUUGAUUCCUACGGCGGCGUCAAAGGGUGCAGAGCUUCGGUGGUUAGUAUCGACAGAACCAAACAGCAAAUCGCAAAGCACAAGUGGACAGGAAUAACACUGUUCAACAACUUUGAAUUUCUGAAAUCGGGAAUUAAAGUGUGGAAGGCGUACAAAAUUGGCAAAGGAAAGUUGAUCAAGAAAGCAGAUAUUAAGCAGAUGGCAUGUACUCAAGGAGCAACAGGUUUAAUAUCACAAGAAUCGUUCACUAUCCCGGAAAAUGAUAAGGGUUUGCUCAAGAAAACAAAUGUGAAGCAGUGCCAAGAAAAGCGCGAUAAAGAUGAUGUUCCGACCCAGCAUACAUCGAAAGGAUUCAAUUGUCCAGACGUUUCUUGUGUCAAAGUAUUUGUUUCUAAUAGCGCACUUGAAAGGCAUCUCGAUGUUGGUAAACACUUGUACCGUUUACAGACGGAAAGCGCGUACGAUAUCGUAAAGCAAAAGUGGGCAUCAAAGUGUACUACGGUUGGUAUUCAUACUGAAACAAAUAAACACUCUACAGGCGAGUUAAAAGAGGAAACAGGUGAAGCAGAUCAAUCUCCUGUAGCUGUUAAAAUGGGGUGGGCAUUGAAAAGGUCAACCGGUAAGGUACGUUUUUCAAAGCCAAUAAAAGAUUUACUCCUGAGAACAUUCAUUGAUGGGGAGAAAAGUGGAAUAAAGGCAGACCCAAAGGAAGUGGCAGCUCGAAUAAGAUGUAUGAGAAAUGGAAAGAAGAAAGUUUUUGAUAGGUCUGAAUGGUUAUCAGUGCAGCAAGUGAAGAGCUACUUCUCCUGUCUAAGUGUCCUACAAAGGAAAGGUAGAUAGAUAGAUAGUUUAAUAGAUUUUUCAUGGCAGCCGAAUUGGCUGAAUUGCGUAAAAUUAACAAAACUUACAUAUUACAAACAAAUUAAAAACAACACAUGCAUAAUUACAUAUCAUUGAAUGUAAUAGUAUUACAUAUUAUAUGAUAUCAGCGCAAAUUCAGAUAUGUCCCCCACCACCACCACCUCUAAAAUAAGAAUCGACCAAAGUUGUAAGCACAACUAAAAACCCCCAAAAACAUGCAUAAAAGCAGAAGGUUAACGCGAGGCAGCGGAAAAGGUGGUGGAAGUCAUAUCAGAACCCCAGCAAUAUCCUUUUUUUAAGGUAUCUUAAUUGAUGAUAACGAAGAAGAACAAAACGAGGAAGUCGAAAUGAUUGAAGAAGAGAUAAGACGAUAUUCUUUGCUUGACUGUGUAAGAGAAGAAGUGGAAUUGUAACAACGUAUUUGCAAUGGAUGAUCACAUGAUUUACUUUUGGCUCUUGACAUUCACUAGUUUAAAAUAGAAUAUACAUAAUACAAAGUUCUUAUCCCAAUUUUUUGACCAAGUUAUUAAGCUUUCAUUAAAGGGGCCCUACAGUCAUUUUUUUAGUCGAAAAGCCACCUUAAGUAGGGGACUCCACGGAGAUUCGUUUGGCUGUAUCUUACAUGCAUACAGUAUCCAUGAGUAUGAGUACUUCCGCACACCGGAAGACGCAUGCAUGCCGUGGUGCGCAUGUCAAGUAGAGACAAUAACAAGAAAUGUAAACAAUACUUAAGGUGGCUUUUCGACCAAAAAAUGACUGUAGGGCCCCUUUAAGAUGCAGUUUCAAAACAUAGAACCAACAGAAUAAAAAAAUCAAGAAUUAAAACAAUUAUGUUGCACGUAAUUAAUAUAUUUAAAUUAUAUAACGCGGGGUUAGAGGUUAGAGGCGGGGUUAGGGUGGGGGUCAGGUAUCAGCCCUGAUACAUAAUAAUAGGGGUCACAAGAAGUAUAUACCAAACUAUCGUGAGGAAACCCGCUGACCGAGAAAAUAUUUUCCAAGAUGGCGGCCUUUUCAGUUGAUUUGUUCAUGACAGCUCUUUAAAAGAAUUUUCCUUGCCUUGAGAUAACCCUUUCUCCUUUAUUUCAAUCACAAUUAUCAGUAUUAGUCUAAUAGCAGAAGGAAAGCAUUGGAAAAGAUAUGUAAAUAUAGCAAUUAUAUAAUAUAUUUCAAAAUACAUCGAAACGGCUGUUGUAGUAUUAGGACUUUAGGUAGUAUAUAAACUACCCACACACUGCUUCAAGUAUCAGAACAAAUCUUCUAUGUGAGUAUUAUUUUUACGUUUUUCAUGUUAUAUAUCUAUUUUUCAGUCAGUGCAUUUAUAAAGAAUAUUAUAUUUAUAUCGUUGUUACUCGGUUCCGUUAAUGCGCACGAUAGAUUAAUAUGUUAUUUAAUUUUUCUUCUAUUCCUGCUUGUAAAAUUGCUCAUUAUUCUUUUUUCAGAUAAUUCAAUGUUGUUUAAUGACAUUAUAUGCAUGUCUGAUGAGUAAUUGUAUACGGACUUUACAGUUAAGCAGUUUGUUCUGUGUUAUGAAUUUUUUUAACAUUAUGCAAAUGUUCAACAUAGGGUAUAUUUUUUGCCUGGCCGUGAGAAAUGUAUUAAAUAUCCCCCAAUUUUUGUUGUUGUUUAACCAAGUGUAUGGACAGCUUUUAAUAACUGUGCGUCAAUUAUACUUCAAUCAAGUUGUUCAACGGAGAUAUUUGCUCUCAAAAUGGUCCAAAAAAAAAUUUAACGAAAAAUGGAAAAAACUGUCUCUUAUUUUUGGUGUUGCCAUGACAACUAGCCCUAGUGGAUGCCAUAAACAAUUACAUAUUUUGAAAGCCGUGUGUCUUUUAGUUUAGCGGCCGAAAUAUCAUUUCAUUUGAGUGUGUUUUUAUAAUUUUAUAAUGUACUAAAUAUUACUUAGCAAAGGGCAUUUUUGGAGCCAAAAACGACCCAAAAUCAUGGGGGGUGGAUAAUUCCGAUACCGUGCAAUAUUUUUACCUCAAACUUUUAUCAGAUCAGAUACUUAAUAUCCUCUAUAUAUGUGCCAAAUUUGAGCAAAUUCUGUGAGUUGACGUUUAUCACCACUUGCAUGGUUCUUUCAUGGACACCCUCUUAAUGCGAAAAUUUUCGGGACUAAUAGAUAUUGCUCAAGCACAAACUGGAUAAAUUUUGGUUAAAUUUGGGCGUGAAAUUAGCAAACGUUUGCGUUGCAAUUUGAAUCUCUGUUGGCAAUGUGAACUGCGAUUGUUUCAUAACAACAGUGGAUCAAAACGAAUUUAAAAUUUCAAAGAUGUGAAGUUCGUAAAUUUUAUAAUAUAUGCAUCUAUAAUUGAUUAUUUAUUUAUGUUCUAGGGCCUUAUUUUGCUUCCUUCACCAUAAAGAAUCUUCGCACACAAGCAAUCUUCAUUCAGACAAGUCUCCAGCCAUCGGGAAAAUUCCUUCGACUAGACCCUGGCAAAGUUAUGUCGCGCAAUUUGGAAGUGAGAAGAGCUGAUGCCUUGAUAUUUAUGGCUUACGACGCAGUAUCAUUACUGAAUGUCUCACACUGAAUGGUAAAAAUGAGAUUAGGCUCAUUCGAACGACUAAACGAAAAACAGCAACUGUGUUAUCCGUGCCUUAUAAUGGUUAGUAUUUUUUAAUGCCUUGACCACAUUGAUUUUUCCACAACAGUAGUUAUCCAUAAACACCCAAAUACAUUACACUUGCAUCAGCAUAAUUUAAAUAGAGAAUAAUACAUGGGUGCGCGGAAAUACCAGAUUUAUUUCGAGUGUUGAACAUGAUAUCUCACGAGUGAGCGCACUGUUUAUUAUAUAAAGGACGGUCUUUGAAAAGCGAUAAUUUUUACAGAAAAGCGGCAAUUGAAAAGCGAUAAUUUUCACAUGUGAGAUUAUCAUGAAUAUGAUACGUGAUACGUGACGUGACCUAUACCACAGAAUAGGAAGUUAUACCAGAAGCGUAACUCUAGUCGUUUUCCUUAUUGUUUGACGUCCACGAAAAUUUUAACUCGCUCACGCCAAUCCACGCCAUCCUGGCUAGUACAGCCGGAAGUUUUUAUCAUGUUUUGGUAGGUACAAAGUGCCGGUUGUACUAGCCAGGAUGGCGUGUUGAUGACGAAUCGCUUGUAAAAACGCGGACAAAUAUUUGCUCGAGUUACGCUUCUGGUAAACUUCCUAUUCUGUGCCUAUACGGUCACGCACGAAAGUGCUCUGCGAUUUUUCGCAUUUUUUGACUAACUAAAUCAAGAUAUUUCAGAAAAUACAAUCUACAGUGCUUAAUAAGUCAAUCGUCCGUUGGAUUUUAAAGUUUGUAUAAAGUUGUCGUUGUUUCUUCAUCGCCCAUUUCGUGUUUUUGUUGUUCGUUUUGUUCAUUUUGGUCAACAAUUAAUAUAAUUUGGUCGGUUGAUCGAUACGUGUGGAAUACGUCAUUAGUAUGCUGACGACGGCGCGAAAGUUUGAACGAUGGAGCGGUGCGCGUGCAUCUGCGCUAAUUAAUGGAAAGAAUUACAUACAUUUGACUUGCAUGGAAAUCACGAUGCGACAAUAUUUUCAACAGGAUAAAGGACGGAGUUAAGUGUUUUAUAACAAUAUUAACAAUUCUCUGGACUCUGGUUGUGUUCAAAAUUGAAACCUAAUUUUAUUCAAAUCAAAUCUACCUUAAACGGCGUCAUUGUUAAUCCAGAACUUGUAAUUUUACCACAAAAGCUGUGUUAUAUUUGGAUUGCUAUCCGUGACUUUAAACAGAGAAAAUUUAACUACCCGCUGAAUUAUCGCUAUGGAUUAAACCUACAAUACGACCGAAAAUCGUCUCACGUUUUCCUCCUUAUCUUGCUUGCUGGUGAUGUGGCUACAAAUCGUGGUCCAGUCUCAAGCCAUGCUAAAACCAACUACGGCUUAAAGGUACUAUAUCUAAAUGCACGUAGUCUAAAAGCAUUUGUGGCACUUGAUGAAAGCAAAACCAACGUUUGUAAGAUCACAUUAUUUCAACAACUGGUACAAUCUGGUAUAUAUGAUGUGGUUUGUGUGUGUGAAACUUGGCUAAAUAAUACCGUAUUGGACAGUGAACUUUUGCAGGACUACUGCAUCUUUCGAAAAGACAGAGUUGGACGAGUCGGAGGUGGUAUUCUCGUUGCUACAAAGUUGAACAUAAGAGCAACUCGCCGCUUAGAUCUCGAGAAGCAGGAUGCUGAAUUUGUGGUGAUAGAAUUGAUUAAACCCAACAAAAAGUCAGUCUUACUAUAUACCUUCUAUCGUCGAUCUCCUGACUCAACAACGGAACCCCUUCAACGUCUUAACACAUCCCUCCAAAACACCAGUGAGUCCAGUUGUUGUGUUGUAGUUGGUGAUUUUAAUCUCCCAGCGAUAGAUUGGUCUACUGACAGCACAGCUCCAAUUAACAAAGGAGAACGAGCGAUUGGUGAUGUCUUUUGCGACCUUGUUGGGGACAACUUCCUAACCCAAUUCAUACAAAGUCCUACACAUAAAGCUGGGAACACACUCGAUCUACUUUUAUGUAAUUGUCCAGAAGUCAUUGAUGAGGUCAAUAUCAGAAGUCCUGAGGAAUGUUAUUUCCCAACACUCCAACAGAUCACCAAAUUAUUGACUUUAGUAUCAGACGUCAGAUUUACAACUUCAAGGAAGCCGAUUUUGAAGGUCUCAAUAAUACGCUGAGUCAGAUAACAUUUGAUGUUAACACUACCAACGAUAUCGAUAAACUUUGAUCUUGCUGGAAAAAGUCGUUCCUUGACGCAGUAACUAACCACAUCCCAACCAAAACAAUAAAGGAUACCAACUCUCUUCCUUGGGUAGAUGAAGAAGUUCGUCAUCUCAUUCGAAAGAAAUACUCAGCAUUAAAAAAGUACCGCCAAAACAAGUGUGAAACGAGAAAACAAAAGCUAAGAAGCUUAAGUGACGCCGUCAAGUCGCUAGUUAAAAAGAAGCAUAGGGAAUAUCUAAGGAAAAUCGAAACAUCAUUUGCAACUAAUCCAAAACUUUUCUGGACUUACCACAAAGCAAUUUUGCAUAGCAGAUCAAAACAGACUUCUGACAUUGUCUUCAACGGCAUUACAGCAAAGUCUUCUGCAGAAAAAACCGAGCUUCUGAAUUCUUACUUCUCCUCAGUAUUUACAACAUCCAGUACUGACAUCGGGGAUUGUGAUGGUGAGGCGUCUGAAACUGAGUCGGGAUUGGGUGAAUUAACAGUUGAUGUGGCUGAAGUGGAAAAUUACCUCAGAAACUUAGACAUCACCAAAGCGAGUGGCCCUGACAAGAUACCAGCACGUCUACUAAAAGAAUGUGGUCGGCACAUUGCGCCUAGUAUCUGUGAAUUAUUUAACGUAUCCUUGCGUGUUGGACGACUUCCGGUAGAGUGGAAAUCAGCGAACGUGACACCAGUUCACAAGAAACAUCUGAAAGAACUAGCGGAGAACUACCGACCGAUAUCCCUUUUGCCUAUCAUUGUAAAACUAUUGGAACGUUGCGUAUCUAGGCGACUAUACGAACACGUAAUUAGCGCUAUCUCCUUAGGACAACACGGUUUCCUACUCAAUCGAUCAUGCACUACACAACUGCUGCAAGUUUUACAUAAGAUUGGAGAAAACCUUGACAGUAAUAUUCAAACAGACAUUGUCUACUUGGAUGUUGCCAAAGCUUUUGACUCUGUCGAUCACGGUUUAAUCUUGGCAAAACUCAGGCAAUUCGGUGUACAUUCAAACAUGCUAAAUUGGUUCACUAACUACUUAACUGGUCGGACCCAAAGAGUUGUCGUUGAUGGUGUUGCUUCAGGUUGGUCCUCAGUAACAUCUGGUGUACCACAAGGUAGCAUACUUGGUCCAAUGUUGUUUGUAUUAUUCAUCAAUGAUUUACCCGACAUCAUUCCCGAUAUAUCAGAAACUGCUUUGUACGCUGAUGACACAAAAACAUUCAGGAAAAUUACUUGCGAAGAUGAUGCUCGCCAAUUACAACAAACCCUGACAAACCUAGCCACCUGGAGCAAUACCAACAAUAUGAGGUUCAACGAGUUAAAAUGUAAAGUGUUGACUGUGUCGCGAAAGAAACAACCUGUGGACUUCAAAUACCGACUGGGCUCAACCACUCUUACUCAUGUUGAAAAAGAGAAAGAUCUUGAGGUUACAAUGACUGGAAAGCUUUCAUUGGAUUCUCAUAUCCAUGAGAUCACAGCUAAAGCCAACAAGCUGCUCAGUCUAUUGAAGAGAACAUGCCCUUUCCUGACUGACGUCAGCGUCCGACGUACUUUGUACCUUUCGUUGGUAAAAUCCAAUUUAUGUUAUGCCUGUGAAGUUUGGUCUCCAUACAUCUGCUCACAGAAGACAAAGAUAGAGCGUGUGCAGAGAUGA